GGAAGCUGCCUACCCCGGAGACCGAAACGAGCUCCUCCGAGGUAGAAGUUCUGGCUGCAGCAGCACCAGUCUUGGGGCGCCCAGGUGUCCCCCACUAAUGCACUUGGUACCGCCCGGGGAUUCCCCGCCGCCGCUGCCGCCCUGACGUCAAGGAGUCCCCGGGAAGCCCCGCCCCGCUGCUCGGCUCCGGCGAGAGCUGUGCGCCGCGGCCGGGGACUGGGCGGCCAUGGCGGGACCCGGCUCCCCCGGCGGGCCCUCCGCGCCCGCCGCCGUCUGGAAGCGCCACAUCGUGCGGCAGCUGCGGCAUCGGGACCGCACGCAAAAGACGCUCUUCCUGGAGCUCGUGCCGGCUUAUAACCACCUCCUAGAGAAGGCUGAACUGCUGGCCAAGUUCUCAGAAAAGCUGAAGUCAGAGCCAGAGGAUGUCACCUCCGCCCCGCAUCAGGACUGCUGGGGGCAGUUCUCCGGGCCUGCCUCUGACCGGGUCUCCUCAGCAGCCUCUCUGAGGAUGAAGUGGCAGCAGGAGGAGAAGGAACUGCAGCUGGUCUGUGGUGAGAUGGCCUACCAGGUGGUGAAGAAGAGCGCAGCCCUGGACACCCUGCAGUCACAGCUGGAGGAGCGCCAGGGCCGGCUGGAAGCCCUGCAAGCCUGCGUGGUACAGCUAAGCGAGGCGCGGGCGCAGCAGUCCCGGCAGCUGGAGGAACUGCAGGCGGAGAACGCAGCGCAGAGAGAAGCCUACCGGGCGCUGCUAGAGCAAGCAGCACACCAGGAGGCCGCACUGCGCAGGCUCCAGGAGGAGGCACGGGACCUGCUGGAGCGGCUUGUGCAGCGUAAAGCGCGUGCCGCUGCCGAGUGCAAUCUGCGUAAUGAGCGAAGAGAGAGAGCCAACCAAGCCCGGGUGUCCCAGGAGCUGAAAAGAGCGGCUAAGCGGACUGUGAGCAUCACCGAGAUCCCAAACACUCUAGAAGGUGGGGCCAGGGAGGAGCCUGCACCUCUAUCUCCUGUUGCUACACCCGAGUUCCUGGAGAGUGAGACUUGUGAGAAAUGGAAGAGGCCUUUCAGGUCUGCCUCGGCCACCUCUCUGACACUGUCCCGCUGUAUGGAUGUGGUGAAGGGGCUGCUGGACUUCAAGAAGAGGCGAGGUCACUCGGUUGGGGGUGCCCCUGAGCAGCGGUACCAAAGCAUCCCUGUGUGUGUAUCUGCUCAGAUUCCUACCCAGGCUCAGGAUGUCUUGGAUGCCCAUCUCUCAGAGGUCAAUGCUGUUUGUUUUGGCCCCAACAGCAGCCUCCUGGCCACUGGAGGGGCUGACCGGCUUAUCCACCUCUGGAAUGUCGUGGGAGGUCGCCUGGAGGCCAACCAGACCCUCGAAGGAGCUGGUGGCAGCAUCACCAGUGUGGAUUUUGACCCCUCGGGCUCCCAGGUUUUGGCAGCUACUUACAACCAGGCUGCCCAGCUCUGGAAGGUGGGGGAGACACAGUCCAAGGAAACAUUGUCUGGACAUAAGGACAAAGUGACAGCUGCCAAAUUCAAGCUAACAAGGCAUCAGGCAGUGACUGGGAGCCGAGACCGGACUGUGAAGGAAUGGGACCUGGGCCGCGCCUACUGUGAGGCUCAGUCCCACUUGCCCCAACUCCUAGUCACAGGGACCUUACCUUAUUCUCUAGCGGUGGCUCUGGGAUUCAUGUCAUUGGGCCUCAGACCUCUAAUGAUUUCCCUUCUCUGUCACUCCUGCUGUUCUCUUGCUGCUUUCGUGGUGACCUUGGUCUUUAGAGGUUCCAGGACCAUCAAUGUACUUUCCUACUGUAAUGACGUGGUGUGCGGCGACCACAUCAUCAUCAGUGGGCACAAUGACCAGAAGAUCCGGUUCUGGGACAGCAGGGGCCCCCACUGCAUCCAGGUCAUCCCUGUACAGGGCCGGGUUACCUCCCUGAGCCUCAGCCAUGACCAGCUGCAUCUGCUUAGCUGUUCCCGAGACAAUACACUCAAGGUCAUUGACCUGCGAAUCAGCAAUAUCCGACAGGUGUUCAGGGCGGAUGGCUUCAAGUGCAGUUCUGACUGGACCAAAGCUGUGUUCAGCCCUGACAGAGGCUAUGCACUGGCAGGCUCCUCAAAUGGAGCCCUGUACAUCUGGGAUGUGGACACUGGGAAACUGGAGAGCAGCCUACAGGGACCCCACUGUGCCGCUGUCAACGCUGUGGCCUGGUGCUUCUCUGGGAACCAUGUUGUGAGUGUGGACCAAGGCAGGAAGGUGGUGCUCUGGCACUAGGGGCACAGUUCCCCUGUAUGGAUUGGAGCUGUGUUCUGAAGCCCGAAGCCAGAGAACGGCCUGCUUCUGAUCAGGACUCCAGAGCUGCGCUUUGACUCAACUGUAGAUGUUAUGUGAGGGCCUGGCAGGACCCGGCCUGUUCGUUUAAAAUCGAAGUGUGAGUCACGGAUUACAAUUUUUUAAAAGUCUCCGGGUGGUGGUGGUGCACGCCUUUAACCCCAGCCCUCGGGAGACAGAGGCAGGCAGAUCUCUGUGAGUUCGAGGCCAGCCUGGACUACAGAGUGAGUUCCAGGACAGGGCUCCAAAGCUACACAGAGAAACCCUGUCUCGAAAAGCGAAA